CCUUGAAACUUACCGAGUUAACGAAUGCAUUGUCGAUUAAUAUAAAAUAUCAGAAAAAAUAUGCUGUGGACGCCUAUUAAACACCGUCUUUUAUUUGCAGUUAAAUAAUGACUGCUCAUUAGGGAUCUUAGCUAAACGAAUCUGUCACAUUGAGCGCAAGGUUACUGGAGCAAUUCUAUAGAUAACUAUUAGGAAACUGUACUUGAGUGAUUUUGUUUUAAAGAAACUGCAAGAUUUGAUGUGUAAGGCGCUGAUUUUGAGUGUGAAGAGGGUUUGCGGAAAGAAGGGAAGCUGAAACGGACGGACAGCUGUGGUCUUAGCUCCACGUGAAGACGGCCGGAGUUUCCCGGGAUGAGACUGCGCUGGGUUCUGGACUCCAAUCUCAAUUUACAAUCUCAGCCGGGACUUUAUUCAUUUUUCUAACAGGGUUAAAUAUUAUCCUUGGAUUUCUUUGAACGUUAUCGAUUAUUUGGAUUUCAGGAAUUUGCUAUUUCCGUAUACUGUAAUAUGUGGCUGCAUGUUACCCAUCUCUUCCAAAACAUUGGUAGGCAUUGCAGUCUACAAGUAAAUACUUGGAUGAAAACUAAAGUAGGUUUGGCCAGGCACCAAUUUAUGCUGCACAGCAGGAGCCUAGUUCUGACGCCAUGUCCAAGGACUGAAGAAAAAAAUGUCUGCCCUGAUAAAAUAGAUUUAGAUAUUUGGAAGACUGUCCUGAGAGAAAAUACAACUGAAGCUUCCAAACCGUUACCCUCUGAAGACUUUGGAGACUCAUCCCUAACUACCACAAGAGAACUAGUUCAAAUGUGGCAACUAGCUGGGAAGACUGUUCCAGAGAACAUAACUGAUGAACAACUAAGAACAGUUCAAGAACUAUCUACUAAAUCUGCAAAGAAAAAGUACCUUAAGUACUUAGCAAUCAAAGAAGGAAAAAAGAAAGCUGCAAAAGAAAAACAAAAAUUAAAGCAAGGAACAGCAAAGCUUUUGCAGAAAGAAGUUAAAUGUGAAGAAGGAGCUGCAUUAAAGAAUACUUUUCUUAUGCACUUCUGGCAACGGUCUUUUGAUCUAAUGUACAACUGGAGGGCAGCCCAAUCUAUGUUGUUUGGACAGCCACUAGUGUUUGAUAUGAGCUAUGAAAGCUACAUGAACCGUAGAGAAAUGGAAAAUACUGUCUCUCAGUUGUUAGAGUGCGAGGGAUGCAACAGGAGAUCCUUGGACCCAUUUCACUUGCAUUUCUGUAACCUUAGCUCAGAUGGAGGCUAUUAUAAGGAGCUCUUGAAACGCUAUAGGGAUGCUUGGGAUAAUCUCUUAAUAACGGCAACAGAUGAGUCAUAUAUUGACAUUUUUCCCAAAGAUAAGCUUGUGUAUUUAACUGCAGAUUCACCUUUUGUAUUGAACACCUUUCAGCAUGAUAAAGUCUACAUCAUUGGAUCCAUCGUUGAUAAGUCAAUUCAAACAGGAUUGUCUCACGCAAAUGCAAAACGUUUGAAGUUGGCAACUGCACGUCUUCCUUUGGAUGAGUAUUUGAAGUGGAACAGUGGUGCAAAAAAUCUCACAUUGAACCAAAUGAUCAAUAUUUUGUUGACUGUGAAAGAUACUGGCAGCUGGGAAGAGGCCCUCAAAUUUGUUCCACAGAGGAAACAUGAAGGAUUUUUAUCAGUUCCAUUAGAACAGAGAUACAGGAAUAGAACCAGAGAACAACAGAAGUUAAAUAACAGCGAACCGGAAAAGAAACCUAGGUGGCAAAAGUCAACUUCAAAUACAAAUCAAACUGUAGAAAAAUCUUCAGGUAGUCAUAAAAGAAAACAAUGGUGGGUGGAUGAAUAUUAAAGAUCCUGAAAAUAUUUUAUGUACUGAUUCAACUACAAGAAAUAUCUUUAUUGAUUCUUUAAUUUUCAUGAUGCAUUACGAUCUUAAAUGAUAUAACUAUUAAGCACAUCUUCCCCACCACCUUCAGUGCACUGAUUAUAAACCUUGUUAGGUAAACUAUAACAAUAACACAAUUCAUGUAUAUCUCCCUGAUGAGUUAAUUAAUAAAUAACUGGGAAAAUUCCAGUUUUAUUCUUGUUUUGCAAAAGCUUAGGGUCAUUUCAAUCAAUAUCAUGGCUUAAGCAUUUUUGCAAGACAUGCUACCUUGCAAUUCUUGCUGUUAGUGCGCAUAGGAUUAGGCUAGUUAUGAUUUCCCACGACUCCAGAUGGCACCCUGAUAAGGGUUGUUACUUGAAUACUUGCUUGUUCAAGGAACAAUCAGAAAAGUGACAAAAGUACCAAAUCUUUCAGAGGAGGAAAAACCAUUGCAGAAAAUCUACUGGUGGAUAAAAGAACACAUUUAAAAAAAAAUUCACCCCCCCAAGUACAGUUGGUCAGUAUUCUCCAAAGUGGUUAAGGAAGAAGCAGGUGUGCAUUAUGUUUGUCCUUAAUCCCUUUCUAAUUGAAGGACACUAAAAUAAGGGUUCUCACUGUUGAUUGCUGCCUAAUGACCACUAUUAAAAUUGUUUGUAUGUGAACAUCAGGUGACUACGUGACUUUUAUAUGAUGGCAAGUACAGUCUAUUAAUCUGUUGUUAUUCACUGACUUUCUCAGAAGAGUGAAUACUUUGGGUGAGUGAUCAAGUAUGUAAGAAAACUGGAGGCAAGGAACGAACAAAAGGGAAGCACUAACACUAUCAAGGUCAGGCUCAAGUGUCUCUCGGUCACUAGAUUCAAGCUAACAGUCACCAAGCUUACUUUCACCCAGUCUACUAUUAUAAGUUACUUUGGAAGGAAGUUCUUUUGCAAGUGAUUAACAGCUGAAAGCACAAAUAAAAUGCACAACAUAUGCCCAUCCAAAUAAAAAAAAUAUUCAAUUUUUGCUAUGUUAUAAAAAAUUGUAAAACAUAGGUGUGCAGACAAACUUGCAUAGGAAAUCCAAAACUAUUUUUUGUAGACAUUUUGCUUUAGUAUUAGGUUUUAAAAAUUUAAUUGGUGGAGGAUGGCUUCCACGUGAACAUGGAACGUAUUCAUUAUAGAGACCAUGCUGUGGUCACUUUUACCAGUGUUAUCAUGAAUGGAUGCCAAUGUAAAAAGUAAACAUGCAAGUGAAAGAAAAUGGUGUGAAAACAUAAGGGACACGGGUGAGUAAGUGCUAUCAGAUUUCAAUGUGCAUCACCAAGAGUGGCUCAGAAGCACUACUUUAGACUGACCUGGCCCAAUAUUGAAAGAAAAAGCUGUCAGAUGAGGUAUCUGGCAUGUAGUG